AUGGCUCAGGUUGCGUUGUACCAACGCACGUCGGCAUUUUAUGUCGUGGUGGCCGCCGGUUCGGAUCUUGCUCGCUGGGAGAAGGCAUUGUCGUCUGAGCAGCUUAUCCAGUUGUAUCCGUAUUGGGGAAGCAAGCAAGAUCGUCGAAACCUUUUGCAGCUGCUGAGCAACGAGUAUUUUUCAAGCCGGAACCUGUCAGCACACGUUCUACUCACCAGCUACGAAGUAUUUAUGGAGGAUAUCGGGAUCGUGGCUUCACUGCAGUGUCAGCUCAGUAUUAUUGAAAUUCCAGGACAAGCUACCGAUCAGAUUGCAGCCAUUUGGCCACAACUGCUUUCGCUUCGAUGUCGCCAACGGUUGCUGCUUUGCCAGCCUUCGUUUACUAUCGACGCGCGAAAGCUACUCCACUUUCUCGUGCCCGAACUGUUUAGCUCACGACGAAAGCUGCUGGCAUGGAAUAGUGCAGCUCUUCAUCCAGAUCAAAUAGGUGUGGCGUGCAACAUGGUGAAGGCAUUCAUGCUCGACUCGAAUGAGGAAGCCUGCUCGACGUUUAUGACGAAGGUGGAGUCGCGUACCAAACAGAACAGCGAAAUCGAGAUGGCUGCUUUGGACACACUCAACAAACAAGGCAUUGUGAGAGCAAUAGAGCCGUCAAUUAUGGUGCCUGUGAAGCGAGUAGUGAAUAGGAAAUCUCGCAGCCGUCCUAGUGCACACGUCCCGGCGAAGGGCAAACUUGAACCGGAAGAUGCCGCGAUGGAUCCUGUGGACUCGCAACUGACGAUCAAGGCACCGAUUGCCGUCAAGAAGCGUAGAGGUAGCGAUGGGACACCAGGUUCUCGCCAACGAAUUGGGCGUUGUGGCAAAUGCUCGGGGUGCUUGGCGGAGGACUGUAUGAAAUGUGGACACUGCCAGGACAUGAAGAAAUACGGUGGACCAGGUCUUCGCAAGCAGUCCUGUAAGGACCGCAAGUGCUUAAAUCCGAAGAUAUGGGGAUAUGCGACAAGAAAGAGGAAGCGCAGCAAGACGAAGCGUGCUGGAUCCAGAGAUGCGAGCAGCGUGAAGGGUGAAAUGGAGGCGGAUGACGAUGGCUCUGUGGCGUAUUCGUCUGCAGAGAGCGACGGAGAGUCUGUGUCGACCGCAACGUACGGGAACGGGGACUCGGAUGACGAGUCUCUUCGAUAUUCCGAUGCAACGAUGAAUUCUCCACGUGACUUGUUGCUACCGGCGAGCGACACAUUACUGGACGAUAAGUUGUCUCUCAGUGACUUAAGUUCUCGAUCUGCCAAGUCACGUGUGGUGCGGUGUGGGGAAUGCGAAGGGUGCAACGCUCCUGAUUGCAUGAAAUGUCCUCAUUGCCUCGAUAUGAAGAAGUAUGGAGGACCUGGACUACGGAAGCAAACGUGCAAAAACCGCAAGUGCAAUGCUCCAAAGAUCCUGAUGCUGAAUAAAGCCAAGGGAGGUCAUGAUCAGUAUGUUGACGAGAAGGGCAACGUGGUGUACACUGGACUGAAUGACAGCACAUUCCCGGGUUUUUAUGAGGCUCCAGAUCGAGCAGAAUCAGCGUCGCCUAGUGCCAAAAGCGAGUCUGGGGCACUGACUAUGAUUCAGGAGUGCGAGCGCUACGUGAGGCCUCGACUGGUGUUUACUUGUGUGGAUUGUGCUGCUCGUUUCAGUUCGAGUAGAGUGCUCAAUUUCCAUACCCGGGUAGAACACGCUUCAACUAACCAAGGGACAAGCUGUACGGCGUUGGAGCGAGAGGCAAGUCGGAUGUUCUUGCGACCAGUUUAUCAAAACGCCAUGAUGAGUGCUCAACUCAAGCAGCAAGAGAGAAGCUCACAGAAUUCACCACUGGGAUAUGCGAAGCUGGAGGGUCAGAGUUUCCAGUAUUUCUUCAUUGAGCCGUUCGUAGUGCUUGGACGGAUGGAGUCUCAGUGGUGCACUCUGUACAAGGACAUGGGCUUUGGGAACCUCCAGGGUCUUCCUGGCGGCCUUGUCGAUUGUCAUAUCGGCAACGACAGUAUGAUUGCAACGAGACAUGCAGUGAUCUCGUGGAACGCUCUCACCGGCAGCUUCGUGAUCGAGUGUCUGAGUCUCCGAACGCCGAUUUCCGUUAACGGACGGGAGCUCAGCUUUUCAUCGCCCCCAGCAGCGCUAAGCAGCCGCAACUUAAUUCAGAUCGGUGCGAGUGUCUUUUACUUCCUGUUGCCAAGAACGACAAAGGAGAGCUCGACAAGCAGCACCCCACGUGCGUAG